CCAGGCCCACAUUCUGAGAGCCCCGAUGCCGGGGGUGGUGAAGAAGGUCCAGUGCCAGGAGGGAGACUCCGUGGCCCAGGGGACCCUCAUUGUCACCCUGGAGGCCAUGAAGAUGCAGAACCCUCUCUUUGCUCCCAUGACUGGCCGAAUCAAGAAGAUCCAUGUAGCAGAAAAUGAGAGCAUUGGCGAGGACGAGGUCAUUCUAGAGUUCUAUGAAGAUGACAGCAGUGAUGCAGUGGCACAGAGCAGUUCUGCAUAAAGAACAAAAUGCUUUAGUUUUUGGUGCCAUGUGAAAUGUUUGGAUAUACAUUUUUGUCGUGUUUUUUGGACAAAUGACCUUUGUAUUAUUAUGCACCCACACAACCGUACCUAUGUCGGGGGGAAAUCAGCCUCCUAAUUGGCG